AUGGAGCCAUGGAGUAACCUGUUGAGCAACCUCGAGCCCGACGAAAUCGAAAGCAUCUACCUAGCCGGCUGUGACCAACGUCUGAGCUACCCUUUCCAAACCACGGAGCCGCCUUCAACACCUCAAAGGCACGACAGCGGCGUUGCUGGCGUAUCUCCAGAAGAAGACGAUACCAAGCUUACGCAACGCUCGAAUGAUGUCUCUCCUCCACAAGAGCAUUCCAUAGUCGUCUGCAAGCAAGAGCAACCAACCCAGGAUGACUUCGACAACGCCGCUUGGGUUAGCACCAAGCAGAAUGGCGUGACACAUUACUGGGCUCCUCGCUACACCGCUUCACCCCACAGCAACGCCUCACAUAGCGCCAGAAUGCUAUACAUGUCCAGUCUGAAGACAUUGACAAUCACCAAAGGCACACGUAAAGGAUGUACCGCAGUAGAUCUCUCUGCAGGAUCUGGUGCCAUUGCCCUCAACUACGCAGCAGCUGGAGUUCAAAAAGUCCUUUGCUGGGAUGCAAAUCCAUGGAGCAUAGAAGGCUUGAGAAGAGGCGCAAUUAAGAACAGGUGGCACGUUCAGGUCUACCACGGUGAUCGGAUCCAAAGCAAGACGGUCAAGGUAUCCUCAAAGACCAGAGUGAUGGCGUUCGUCGAAGAUGGCGAGAAGGCUUCAAGCAGGAUACUUGGCCUGAGAAACUCUCUACCUCCGGUCAGACAUGUAAAUUGUGGACUUGCGCCCACAUCUCGCAAUCUUCAUGCAGUAGCAGCAGCGGUUCUGGAUCCGAAGCUGGGAGGAUGGAUCCAUGUACACGAGACGUGUCGUGUAGAAGAGGUGGUUUAUGGAGCCAACAAGACCAGAGCCGAGCUCGAGGCUGUUGUCGAAACGUUGGAUCGGGAAAGAGGAUACUUGACAGAUGUCAAAGAAAUCCCCAGAAGGCCAGUAGUGCAACACAUCCAGCGCAUAGGCUCAGAUGCUCCAGGUGUACUGUACUGUAUCGUAGAUAUCCAUAUCCCUCCAAUUCGAAUAUGA